AUGGCUUCUCAGUCAUCAGAAGAGGAUUUCUCCUGUCCUGUGUGCUAUGACGUCUUUAAGGAUCCUGUUCUCCUGUCAUGUAGUCACAGUGUGUGUAAAGUCUGUCUGCAGAAGUUCUGGGAAAAGAAGGGAACUCAGGAGUGUCCAGUUUGUAGGAGAAGAUCAUCAAAACCUGAACCUCCUGCUAACCUUGUGUUAAAGAACCUGUGUGAGGCUUUUUUGCAGGGAAAAAUUCAGACAGCUUCAUCAGGGUCUGAGGAGUUCUGCAGUCUGCACAAUGAGAAACUCAAACUCUUCUGUCUGGAGGAUAAACAGCCUGUGUGUGUGGUGUGUCAAACUUCAAAAAAACACACAAAUCACAGAUUCUGUCCAAUAGAUGAAGCUGCUCAUGAUAGCAGGGAGGAACUGAAGACUGCACUAAAGCCCUUACAGGAGAAACUGGAGAUCUUUAAAAAAGUCAAAGUGACCUGUGAUAAAACAACAGAACACAUUAAGACUCAGGCCAAAAACACUGAGAGGCAGAUCAAGGAGGAGUUUGAGAAACUCCACCAGUUUUUACGAGAUGAAGAGACGGCCAGGAUGACUGCACUGAGAGAGGAAGAGGAGCAGAAGAGUCAGAUGAUGAAGGAGAAGAUUGAGGAGAUGAGUAGAGAGAUAUCAUCUCUUUCAGACACAAUCAGAGCCAUAGAAGAGAAGAUCAAAGCUAAAGACAUCACAUUUCUGAAAGAAAGAACACCUAUUAAAAAAGGAUCACAGGAGUGUCCUUGCACACUGCAGGAUCCACAGAUGAUUUCAGGAGCACUGAUCAAUGUGGCAAAACACCUGGGCAACCUGAAGUUCAGAGUGUGGGAGAAGAUGCAGGACAUUGUUCAAUACACUCCUGUGAUUCUGGACCCCAACACUGCAGGACCAUGGAACAUCCUGUCUGAGGAUCUGACCAGUGUGAGAUACAGUGAUAAGAAACAGCAGAUUCCUGAUAAUCCAGAGAGAUUUGAUUGGUAUCUAUGUGUCCUGGGCUCUGAGGGCUUUAACUCAGGGACACACUGCUGGGAUGUUGAUGUUGGGGAAAAUACAAGCUGGUCCCUGGGUGUGACCACAGAGUCAAACCAGAGGAAGGGAGACACAUUCUCUAAAACUGGUGUGUGGCGUGUUCGGUAUAUGGAUGGUGAGUAUGAUUCACUGGCCUCAGGAGGGCCAUAUGUUCCACUGAGAGUAAAUAAUAAACUCCAGAGGAUCAGAGUGGAACUGGACUGGGACAGAGGAAAACUUUCAUUCUCUGAUCCUCUAAAUAACACACACCUACGCACCUUCACGCACACUUUUACUGAGAGAAUGUUUCCAUACUUCUAUAGUCACUGUAAACUCUCUCCUCUGAGGGUCUUACCAGUGAAGUGUUGUGUAUCAGUGAAGCAGCACAGCUAA